CUUUGCAGUCAGUCUGGAAGGGGAGGGGGGAAAGAGGGGGCAGGGUUCGCUGCUGGAUCGCUUAUCUGAGAUCUCAAAGUCCGCCUUUCGCCCGUGCGCUCUCCCCUCUCCGCGGACCUGCCAUGGAUGUUACUCCUGGAUGUGCAUUCUUCCUUAUUUUCCUUCACUUUCAGCACGCGAAUACUCUUUACAUCACCAACAGUAUAGAUUCCCUGCAGCAUGUCCUGAGGGAGUACGGGCUAGUGAGGCCGGUGAGCGUGGAUGCAGACGGACGCUUCCUCUCCCACGCCGUCUCUGCCAGCCGGUUGAGUGGGCAGGGGUCCCACCGGCGCAGGAGGAGGCAGGCCAACCAUCAUGGAGAGACCAAUGAGGAGACGAACUCAGAACAGGACCACCUGAGGCACAAGGAGACACUCUUUUAUAACGUCACUGUUUUCGGACAGGAGUUUCAUCUUCGCCUCAGGCUAAAUUCCAGGCUUGUGGCCCCUGGAGCCAAAGUGGAGUGGCUUGAGGACGAUAACCAAACCCACUCUGAGCCCUUGUUGCCCAGUGACUGUUUAUAUGUGGGUUAUGUUACCAAUGUGCAGGAUACGUCAGUGGCUCUCAGCAAUUGCAAUGGCCUGGUAAGUUAUUUGCUCUCUUAUAUAAAGCAUCACUGCAUGAUGUUUAUCCAGUGCAUUGUGGGUUAA